GCAUCGGUCUCAGUGAAGCGUAACGAACCGCAGCAGCCGACGCAUCCUCCUAGUGUCUCUACACAGAGGUCGUCCACUGCUACGUCAACGAGCGAUACAUCAUCAUCAGGCUGUGGUUUAGUUUUGCUUUUUUCGGCUGCGACGUCAAACUUUGCGGAGAAGAAUGUAUUGGGUAAAGGUGGCUAUGGUGUUGUCUACGUGGGUGAAUGGAAACACACAAAGAUAGCUGUCAAGAGGUUCAUGUCUGGUGGAACCAAAGGAGCACAUAUACAACGUGAACGACUUCGCCAAAGUAUGCAGGAACUCAGAACAUUGGCGAAAUACCGUCAUGACAACAUACUUCCUUUGUAUGCUUUUUCGCUGGAAGGUCCCGAGCCUUGCCUCCGUGGUACACCUCCACUGUCAUGGUUGCAGAAAAAGGAGAUUGCUGAGGGGACUGCUCGGGGUCUUCAUUUCUUGCACUGCAUCGCUAGUACCCCUAUUAUUCAUGGCGAUGUGAAGUCUGCAAAUAUUUUGCUUGACAAGCAUCUCGAACCAAAAUUGGGCGAUUUUGGCCUCAGCCGUGAUGGAAGGGUGAGAUUUAAUCAAGCUUUGCUUGGUUAA